CAGUGAACUCAUCUAAUUGACGACGUAAUAUUCUCCGUCACUCGGUCUCCGACAUCGCCAAAUAACCUCUCGAGUUCCGAGUUUGCCCAUUGUCAUAGUGCUGUGGGAGUGUCUUUGAACUUCUGUUGACUGCACUCCAAUCUUCCCACCUCCGCAUCACUAUCCCGCCUCAAAAAUGGUUCAGACUUCAGCUUUGGUGACGGCAUCCGUCGCUACUGCCGCCGCCGCCAUUCUCGGUUAUGUCGCCUACUUUGACUACCAACGUCGAAACCAGGCCGAGUUCCGCCGAAACUUGAGGAGGAACGAGCGCAAGCAGGCCCGCGCCGCGAAGGAGGAGGCCGAGGCUUCUACCCAGCAACAACGCCAGAGCAUCCGCUCUAGGGUUCAGGAGGCAAACGAGGAGGGUUUCCCCUCUGGUGUCGAGGAGCGGGAAGCUUUCUUCAAUGAGCAGGUUAUGGCUGGAGAGAUGCUCAGCCAAGAUCCUUCCAAGGCUCUUGAGUCUGCUCUGGCCUUCUACAAGGGUCUCAAGGUCUAUCCUGCUCCCAGCGACUUGAUCCGGAUUUACGAUAGCACUGUCCCCAAGCCUAUAUUAGACAUCCUCGCUGAGAUGAUCGCAUUCGACUCAUCUCUUGAUGUCCGAGGCCCCGCCUCUCCUGCCGGCAUCAACCUUUCCGACAUUCCCAACGUUGGUCUUGAUUAAAGAGGUAUAAGACCUAUCCGAAUUUCCUCUCCGCUCUUGGCACAUAUAUACCCGGACGUUGGAAAUGGUUGAAAUAAUACCCUCCCUAAAACUUGUACCAUGGAAAGCUUGCACAGUGUCAAAGCUUUUCCGAAGAAGAAAUGUCUAAUGGAGACCUGAUGGCCUUCAAUGUACCAUAGUUUCGCUCUUUCCAUUUCCAUAGAGCUUUGUGUAAACAUAUGUACGUUGAAACGAAUGAGUUUAGGAACGACAAUUGCUGGCAGCGAUUCAGCAAAACAUCAUGAA